AUGGUAAAACAAGUGGAGGAAUACCAAGAAGAAGAUCAAAGUGAAAAGACAGAAGAAGACCAAAACGAGCUUCUAGAAGAAGAUCAAAAUGAGCAGCCAGAAGAAAACAAAGAGCCUGCUUCAUUUUUCCACAGUUUUUCAAAGAUCUUAAAUGCAAAAAUUCCAGAAAACCAGCCAGCAAUUCUCUAUAAAUACAAAACUCCUGAAAAUAAAAUUGCUGAGCAAAACCGUGAAUACAAACAAAAACAGGCACAGAAAGCUGAAAAGGAAAAAGAAGAAAAACUUAACUAUAAUAAAAUCACAGAUGUUGUAAAAGAAAAACAAUUAAAGCAAGUUGCACUUGCUGGAGGUAAAAAAUAAUUUAGUCGUCAAGCUAUUCAAUCAAAUCACUUCUAGAAAAAUCGGCCAUGCUGUGAAGAAAGAAAAAGAGAAUUCGAGAAAGCAAUGUAAUGGGCUAUUUAGCUGAGAGAUUUAAAAGAAGAAUUAAAGGCUUGUCUGAAAAUGAGCAUACAAGGAAGAUUAUUAAAUACGCAGUUGAGCCACCAAAAUGGAAUGUCUUGAAAGAUGAUUUCAUGAACGAAACUAAAUAA